AUGGGCAUCGGAACCAAGCUCUGGCCGACUGUGGGAACAGUGGUUUUCCUAAUCGGAAGCGUGGCAGUCGGCGAGAUUCUCAAGUGUUACCAGUGCAACGAGGCUGAUCAGACGUGCGGCGGCCCGCAAAAGCCCCUCGGACACAUUGGAGAGGAAACCAGUGUAUCAAUGCGGGGAUGUGCCCAGCAACUGAGCACCACAAACGUCUUCGUCAACAAGUCGUGGGAGGAGAAAUCCGUCGUGGAGGAGCCGUACGAAGAGGGCUGCUUCGAGGAGAAGGUGAACUUCAGGAACACCGUUCUCCUCUGCCACUGCCGCAACGACACCUGCGCAACGCAUCGAGCAGUCCCGCACUUGACGGCCGAAUGCUGCCGCUGA